UCUUCACGGAGAUACUUGGAAUUAGUGAUCGAUAGAAAAUAAAGAGUGUCAGAGGUGAUUGUCGAGGAUUCACAUCGAAAUAGAUAUAAAAAAUGGAUUUAAAUGUUAAAAAAUUAGUAAAAGAUGCUGGUGCUGCACUUAGUAGGGUUGUGCAGUUAACAGAAGAAACAUUAGGAACAUCUGAAAAAACUGAAUUAGAUGCACAUUUAGAACAUCUUGCAGAUAGAGCAAAUGCAACUAAAACAUGGACUGAAAAAAUUCUUAGGAAUAUGGAAGCAGUACUUACUCCAAAUCCAGGCAAUAGAAUUGAAGAUUUUUUUUAUGAAAAAAUUGAUAAGAAGAAACCUAACAGAUUGAGUAAUCUGGAAUAUGUAGGCAUGGAUAUGAUAGAAGCAGGAAACAAUUUUGGUCCAGGAAAUGCUUAUGGUAGUGCAUUAAAUAAAGUUGGACAAUGUCAACAAAAGUUAGGACAAAUUGAAAGAAGUUUUAUUAAAGAUGCUGCAAUUUGUUAUAUACAACCUUUAAGAAAAUUUUUAGAAAGUGAAAUGAAAACUGUUACUAAAGAAAUGUCAAUAUUGGAAAAUAAGCGACUAGAUUUAGAUGCAUGUAAAAAUCGAGUAAGAAAAGCAAGAAGUAUGUUGGGUCAACAGAGUGAGUCUGGGGUAUCUCCUGAAGUAUUACUUGAUCAGGCAGAGAGGGAGUUGAGAGUAGCACAAUCGGACUUCGAUCGUCAAGCAGAGAUUGUAAAGUUAUUAUUGGAAGGAGUUUCAAGUUCUCAGGCAGGACACUUGCGUUGCUUACAUGAAUUUGUUGAAGCACAAGCGCGAUAUUAUGCUCAGUGUCAUGCAACAAUGCAAGAUUUACAACGAGAACUUGCUGGGACACGUCAACCAAGUCCUUUGCUGCGACUCAACAGCGAAGAUGUGAUCGAGUUAACACCUUCAAAUUCACAAUCCCAAAAUUCCUCUAUACAUCCACCACUUGCUGGUUCUACCUAUGUUACUGCUACCUUUGAUACUGAUAUCUCGAAAGUUUAGCUUUAAGACUAAUUAAUCGCGUUAAUGAAAGGCAAUAAUUACUUCAUUUAUUUAUGAUCUGAAAUCAUAAAUAAAAGCUUAUAGGGCAUUUCUUCCUAUGUAUACAUAGAUAUACAUAUAUUCGUUAACUUAUACAAUUUUAAAAAUAUGUUGAAUGAUUCUUAGUCUAUUAUACUAUUGCAUUAUGAACUUGUAACUCUCAAAAAUCAGUAAAUAAAUUAUCUUUAUGAAA